AUGAGCCCUGUGGCAACCACUCCUUUGGCUUCCACGAUCCCACAGAAGCAAAUUCCGACAAAGGCGUUCGUGGUCAAAGAAGCCGGUGCCCCCUUCAUACUUCAAGAUGUGGUUCUAGACGAAGUGCGAUCAAAUGAAGUUCUUGUUGAGAUGAAGUAUACAGGCCUGUGCCACACAGAUAUCGUCGUCCAACAAGGCACUAUACCAGUUGGUGACUUCCCAGCGGUGCUAGGCCAUGAAGGCGCAGGAGUCGUGCGUCGCGUCGGGAGUCAAGUCAAAGACAAGUCCCUCCGCGAAGGCGACCUUGUCUUCCUAAGUUUCACUUCCUGCCACGGGGAAACAUGCAAUCCCUGCAAUGACGGUAGAAAUGGCUUCUGUGAUCAAAUGACGAUUCUCAACUUUGCUGGCGUUCGAGGCCCCAAUGCCGCCGACUCACCUAUCGCCUUUCCGGGUGGCAAGGGCCCACUGCGCGGCCAAUUCUUCGGUCAAUCAUCUAUGAGCAAGUUGGCCAUUGUUGCUGAGAGAUCUGUUGUCAAGGCCCCCCUAGUUCCGGAUAUGGCUGUCCUGGCUCCCCUGGGAUGUGGAUAUCUCACUGGUGCUGGCACGGUGUUCAAUGUUCUCAAACCGAGGCCGAAGAGUGAAUUUGUCAUUUUUGGUAUGGGCGCUGUUGGCUUGGCGGCUUUGCUGGCUGCAAAAUCUCAGGGCGUGGAGAAUAUUAUCGCGGUUGAUAUCGUUGAUGCUAAGCUUGAGUUGGCCAAGUCUCUGGGUGCAUCGCAUACCUUGAACACAAAGAACAUCUCCAAUCUGAAGGAUCAUUUGCUUGAGCUCUUCCCUCAGGGGGUUCAAUGUGUGUUGGAUACAACUGGUGUGAUCGCACUGCUUCAGGCAGGAAUUGACUCGCUUGGCCAUGAGGGUACUUUGGCCAUUGUGGGCGUGGCUCGUCCUGGUUCAAAUCUCAAUAUCGACCCCCUGUCCUUUAUGAUGGGCUGCAAGAAGAUUGUUGGUGCCAUCGAAGGCAGCGCAGAUCCUGCUCAGCUUCUUCCUCAGCUGGUUGAUCUAUACAAACAAGGAAAAUUCCCCAUCGACAAGCUUGCCAAGAUUUAUACAACGGAUAACUUCGACGAAGCCAUACAUGAUUUACACGCUGGCACUGUGAUCAAGCCCAUCAUCAAGUGGGCUGACUAG